CGAAUACCACGUCGGUUGCUUCUACUUCCCAUCAUGAGGCCAAACAAACGUAGGAAACGCUCAGAAGAGAGCCCCGAGCCCCCGGAGCAGGACCCUCCGCCAAAGGCUGUUGCCUUGCGACGCAGCCAGAGGGUCGGGCGAGGCCGACGCAACAUUCACGGCUGGCUUCACUAUGAUACGGUGUCCGUCGCCAUUCUCGAUCAGAAGAAUAUAUUUCCUUUUCUAGCACUUCCCAGGGAGCUGAGAGAACGUAAGUACAAUCUUUCUUGUGACUAAAAAGCUCAUAACGAGGCAUCACAUCGGGUCACAUUGCAAUCCUCCAAUCCCCCAUUGCAGUACUAUUGCCUCCACUAUACUGAUUCAUGGACGUGGCAUAGAUAUCAUGGAUUUUGCUCUGAACGGCAUCUCCAUCUUUUUCACGCAACACCAAUCGGAAGUUGUGUCAGUCCACAAAUACUCCAAAGGGAAAAACCUACUAGCUAGACUGAACCGGCAACCCGGGUUGCCAUCGUGGAUAACUCUCAACAAACAAGUCUUCCACGAAGUGCUCGACUAUCUACAUCGGGAUUCAGUCUUUUUUGUCAACUUAUUACGUGGGACGACUUUACCCAAUAGUAACGUGGGACUCUCCAUCGACCGAGCUAGGAACAUUGAACAGCAUAGGGAUGGGUGUCUACACCUCCAUACCUGCAGUAGACAAGAGCAUGAUGUUGAUGAUGAUGAUGAUAUACUGAGCUACCGAAUACACCCUCUAAUCAGCACCAAGCGAGAACGAUGGGGGCAGGCGCUUGAUCUGUUCACGCGGCAAUCAUCACUCAGGAGUCUUAGCCUCAACUUCAGACUACUAAACCUUCCGACAAGCCUAUCCUCCUUCGGCUUUGAAGAGGUCGACUUUGUAGCUCUGUUUGAUAGUAUUGGCCGAUGUUGCAUAGGAAAGGGGCUGAUGCAUCUACGCUUCUUUGUUCAUGAGACACGGACUGGUAGAUGGGCCUCCGAGCAUAGGAUCCCUGUCAUGGACGUCACUAUUGAAGAACUCCAGCGAAUUGCCCAGUCAGCAGUACAAGGACCAGGCGUAAAGACCAGUCUGUAA